UGUCGCGAGACAUUAUUAGCCAUAUCACAUCGUCUGCGUUUUCUCGUGAGCUCGCAGUUGCGUCCGAGUCUCUUUUCUUCUUGGGUGGCGGGGUCCAGUUCUGGUCCUCGGCCCGGCGCGUGGUUCGAUGUCUUUCAAGGACAACAAGCGAACACCGUUCUUCCCCAGGGCCGAUGCAGCUGUCCUUCGCUCGAAGCAUGCGCCCCCCUCGGAACGACCAAGUGAAAUUUCGCCAAUCCUUGAUGUCGAUAAUGCUACUAGGGCUUUGAAUAACUGGUCUAUCGAGGUUGCACAGCACAUCUAUCCAGAUCAGACAGAUGUUUGGGCGCCGGCAACCAUUCCGGCCAGGCCGUCGAUGCCAUGUGCUACCGACCGGUACCUGUUCCCGGUGCUCACACGCAACGAGAGGCUGCGUCUGACGAUGCUCUACUACUAUACUCGAGGCGCGCUUGAGGACGUUGAGCUUCAGUCGAGACUGCAAGAAAAAGUUUAUCUGGCGCAAGACACGGUCGGAUGGGAGUUUGUUAUCGCUGGUCUUCUUAACCACAACACAUACACUCGUAUGGUGACUGUGGGACUUCCUUUGGCUGUGCUGCCCCGCCGCGAGAGCACUUGCGCUCACACCGUCAAUCAACCACCUGGUGCAAUCUUUACCGUGCUGAACAUGAUAGACGACUGGCGGUUUCGAGAGUCUCCCCAUGUCGAGGUGGGCGGUCUUCGCGCAUACGCUGGCGCCCCUUUGCGAUUUGAGACCGAGUAUGGCGAGCAUGUUGCGUUUGGGUCGCUUUGUGUAGCGUCGAACUCAGUACAGGAGCCGCUUAGCAAAGAGCAGCAGAGAUCGCUCGCACGCCUGGCGGACUGGAUCGUGUCUGAUAUUGUUCAAGCCCACAGAGUCAGACGUCAAAGGGAGCGGCGGCACUUGCUGGAUCUGCUAACAGAGCUCCAAAGGCUACUGGCAACGGACCAGAAUUUGGAAGAGGCCGUCACGAACAUGCUCCACCAAGUGUACCCUGGAAGUUUGGUCAAGAUAAUCGUUGCGCCAAAUGACGUGCUUCACCUCGGGGACGGGACCAGUGUGCCUACACAGUAUAUUGAACAUGGACUGUGGGAAGACAGCGACUACUUCGACUAUAUCAUUGAGCAACUCAAUCACCAGGAACCGGUAGCACCGAAGUCAAUACGGAUCGUGACUUCGCAAUGCGCAAGCCGACAGAUACCUACAUACCUUGUUGUAGGCACCAAGGACUUUCGAAACGUGUACGACGAUAUUGAUACAUGGUUUGUACAGAUGUGCGCGACUUCAUUGUGCCGCUACUGGCAAAACCAAGCGCUCAAAGAGGCUUUGCAAGCGAAAGAGACAUUUCUACGCGGUAUCACGCAUCAGCUGCGGACACCCAUUCACGGUAUUCUUGGAUCCGUCGAUCUUCUGACCGAGGAGUUGAAGUCGCGCAACAUACUCAGCGCGACUGUCGAGUCGACCCCGGACGGUACGCCCAGUGACGAACAACUUAGCGCGCUGGAUCCUUACGCAUACAUCAAAACGAUACGGUCGUCUGCAAAGGAGCUGAUCUCGACGGUCAACAGUCUUAUCAAGCUCAACCAGUGGGCUGAUGUUGCAGAAGCACAACGAGUCGUCGCAGCACACAAGAUUGAAGACAUUGAAGUGGCACUGUUGAACGAACUCACGUUAUUCUUGCCCGACGAUGCAAGUGUGCGGCCAUCGCUUAUACUGAACCACCGAUUUCCGCCUCGAUGCGAUACUCUGUCUUUGGAUCUGCGCCUCCUUAUCGAUUGUAUUCAGCCCCUCUUGCUAAAUGCAGUCCAGAACACUGCAGGCGGUGUUGUGGUAGUGAUGAUAUCAGUCACUGACGACUUCAAAUCUCUGGUGGUCGAUAUCGAGGACAAUGGGUGCGGAAUCAAGCCAGACAACCAACAACGAAUUUUCGGUGCCUACGAAAAGGUCAACAACCACACUACUGAUGCUGGCCUUGGUUUGACAUUGGCUGUAAAGUUAGCGACUCUUAUGAAUGGCAGUAUCGUAUUAGUGUCGUCCGAAGUUGGCAGAGGAUCACACUUCCGUCUCACUUUCAACGACCCGACAUGCGCCUCGUCACUUUCACCGAAUCGAAGAACAUUCAGCAAUCUGCCACCGGUGUUCAACAGGCUUCCGGCGGACGAUCUUACGUCACUGCUCGGCAACAACUUCGCGGCAUAUCUCAGCGGAUUGGGGUACAAAGAAUCUCAGAAUCCCUCAGAAUCCCUUUUGACGUUGGAUUACACACACGACCUUGCGAAGCUUUACCAGACCACCAAACGAGUACGGGAUGAUCAAGUUGCUAUCUGCCUGGUACCCGAGAACGACACGGUCAUCAACUUUGCCGGAGAACGGUUCUUACGAGAUAACAAUGUGAUCUUUACAAAGGGACCGUUCACGUCGCGUGAGAUCGAGGACGUUCUCGCAGAAGCCGACGCCAUUUUCGCCACCCACGCGGCAGAGAAAGCCGCUCACUUGAUCUUGCCGGGUGGCGGAAUCACCCUCGAGCCAACUCCUCCAGCAACGCCCGCAUUCGACCCCGCCGAAGAAGAUGCCGGCUUCACAGCACCCGACCUCAUCCACCGCGGCUCGAUAUUCCCGAAAGACGUUGUUGAAGCCGAACUCACAAAAUCCGUCGGCGCCCUACGCUUUGCGCAAAAACCUAGUCCUCCUCCCCCCCGUUCGAACAAACCCAUGACACUCCUCGUCGACGAUAACACCGUCAACCUCCGCCUGCUGGAAAUGUACUGCAAGCGCCGCGGCCUGCCAUACUGCACCGCCACCGACGGCGUGCAAGCUGUCAAGCUCUUCGCCGCGCACCGCGCGCCUUCCGACGCCACGCCGACGCCUGCACAGGAGGAGAAAACCAGACUCUCCAUCCUGCCUACACCUACACCUCGGCCCUUCGACCUCGUGCUGAUGGACCUGCAGAUGCCGGUCUGCGAUGGAAUCGAUGCCACGAGCCAGAUCCGCGCGCUGGAGAAGGAGUAUGGGUGGGAUAAGAGCGUUGUUUUCAUUGUGACGGGCCAGGAUAGUCCGAGCGAUCGACUGAAUGCGCAGGAAGCGGGAAGCGAUGGGUAUCUGGUCAAGCCGGUGGGGCCGAAGGCCUUGGAUCGCGGGAUUAAGCAGUGGUUUCCUGAUGCUGAGGUUGGGUGACAGACCAGUUCGGCGAGGUUUGUGAUGAUGAUGGGGUUCUAGAAGGGAAGAAAGAGAGCAUUGCAUAGCAUGGCGCGGCGUUUGGCAUCCGGUGUUGACUAGAUCGGUGGCAUAUACCCAGUAAUACAUC